UUGGUCGGUCGGUCAGUCAGUCCGAGUCGGGUGGGUUAGUUGCUGCUGUCCGUCUGGCUGGUCGUCUGUCUUUGCGUCACGCUCGUGAGCCAAGUGCACAGCGCAGUAACACGCGCGGGCAGACGCACGGGACAGCGGUCGCACGGAGCGAGAGGUUGCAUGUAAUUACGCGUAACGAAACGCCUCCGGCUAUUAUUUCCUACUUGCCGCCGCGUACCGCGUCGCGAGGGAAAAACGUACUUUUCCUGUUCGCCCGUUUGCUCGCCGCGUCGCAGGGAAAAGAACCUCGUGUGGCAGGGCCACUCUCUCCUCGCCGCCGUGAUUCGCUGGCACGAACAACGCGCCCGCGUACGCGCGCGAGAGCAUGCAGCGUUAAUUCCCAAAGCAUCCCAGCAUGUAACUUCCGCAGCAGAUGGACACAACUCGAUACAUUAAACAUCAGUAGUCAUGGAACAAUACAAUGGUAUGAGUGAUGGAAAUAUUAAUAUAAGUGAUAUCAUCGAAGUUAUUCAGACCACAGAUCCUGGUUCUAUGGCUACCAUAGCAAUGGACGGCGAGCACGUCACACCACACGUAGAAAUCUUGGAGCAACCCGCCAGCAAAGCACUACGAUUCCGAUACGAGUGUGAAGGCAGGUCGGCCGGCAGCAUACCUGGAGUCAACAGUACUGCCGAGAAUAAAAGCUUCCCCAGUAUAAGGAUCAUAGGCUACAAAGGUCGUGCUAUGGUGGUUGUGUCCUGCGUCACGAAGGAUUUGCCGUACAGACCUCACCCUCACAAUCUUGUUGGCAAAGAGGUAUGCAAGCAGGGUGUUUGUACGGUCGAAGUUCCCGUGGGAAACAUGGUGGUUUCAUUCUCAAACUUGGGCAUCCAGUGCGUGAAGAAAAAGGACAUCGAGGAUGCCCUCCGAGUGCGUCAGGAGUUACGAGUGGAUCCGUUUCGUACUGGCUUCGAGCAUAAGAAACACCCGACCAACAUAGAUCUCAACGCAGUGAGGUUAUGUUUCCAAGUCUUCUUGGAGGGUUCGCAAAAAGGCAAAUUUAACAAGCCGCUGGCGCCUAUCGUGUCCGAUCCUAUCUACGAUAAAAAGGCAAUGUCGGAUCUUGUGAUCUGUAAAUUGAGUCACUGUAGUGCGUCGGUCGCCGGUGGCAUGGAUAUGAUUCUGUUGUGCGAGAAGGUCGCCAAGGAAGAUAUACAAGUGAGAUUUUUUGAAGAACGGGACGGACAGCUGUACUGGGAAGGGUACGGUGACUUUCAGCCGACUCAUGUACAUAAACAGACGGCGAUUGCGUUCAGGACGCCCAGCUAUCGCACACAGCAAGUGGAGCAGCCGAUGCAAGUGUAUAUUCAACUGAAAAGGCCAUCGGACGGUGCUACGAGCGAACCGCUACCAUUUCAAAUGUUACCACUAGGCACAGGUAGGCCUGCUUUCUGGUCGUUACGGAGAGCAUUUGCCAGGAAGAAGGCAGAUUACAGUACCUUCAGCAAAAUCUUGUCCGCGGAUACUCACCUUUCGAAUGCAACCAAAUUGUCUCGUAACAUCGACGAGUUCAAUAACAACGAUCUCGACGCGAAGAGACCGAACAAUAAGAUCUCUGCAUUACGUGCUUUGAACGACUUGUACAAUGUAAAGAAUCAAAUGGACUUGUGUAACGGCGAUUUAAAGGCGAUAAUAAAUUCAACGCAGAAUAUGGGCUCGAUCGCGAAAAGUACGAUUUUAGAUUACGAGAAUAACGAAGUAACGGUCCCUUCUGACGGUAACGUGGAAAGUAAUAGAGAAAUUAACAAAUUGUACACGCUUGGCAAUAAUAAUCUAGAGAAUGAUACAUUUACUACCGGUUACGAGGAAGGAACUGUCGAGGCGAAUCCUCGUAUUAUAAAAUCAGACGUACAGAAUGACAGUAUAUCGCAAAAUACCGAUAGCCCGAGGAACAAGUCCGAUUGGUUCGAUUACUCGGAAAUAGGCAAGUGGGUGCAAAAGGGGCAAGCGUGCCUCAAGGAAAGAACUAACGAGGCAGAGCUCAAAAGCGAGAUAGAGGGCGGCAAUAAAUCAUUCAAUGAAUUCUUGACGCAAGUGGCCGAGCUGGAUCAAAUUUAUGCCGAUACGCAUAACAAAUUGAUACAAGCUGCCGCAGAGACGAGCAUGAAUCCACAACCGAUGGACGUUGACGUCUGCGACAAUCAGACUUACACCAGCCUACAAAUGGCCAUGAAAAAUCCGAUCGAGUUGUUUGACAUUACCGAUGACAGGAAGUACGAGGACGUAGCCGUUCCGAAGCAGGACACGGAGAUGCCAGUGGUAUCCCCAACAGUAGCGGCUAAGAGGGACGUAACGCGCGAAGCGGAAGAAAGAUUACCACCCCUGCCUCCGAAGCGAAUACGUAAAAUGCCGUCGAUGCCUCUUUUACCGCAUCCAAUAUCCGCUCAAACGCUCACUGACGCCUCCUCCGAGGCGCCGAAUAAGAAUCUGCCGUCCUUACCCGGUGUUUCGCCGAAACACGCGAAGCAGGGUCUUUUCUCGAAAUUAUUUGCUAAAAGGAAUAGGAAAGACAAGUACUCGGAACUAAAUCUGAAUAAAGAUAGCAAUUCCUCGUUGAAUAUCUCGUAUUCGUUGAAGAACGCUGUGCAAGACGACGCACAGUUGCAACUUCCACGUCCCAGUGUGACGAGCGUUACGAGCGUUAAGUCUCUUAAGUUAGAUGGCGAUGAAACGCCUCCAUAUGGAGUCGAUUUAACUGAAGCCGAGCACUACGCUCUGUACACCACUAUGGCACCGCACGCGACUGCCUCAGAAUUUGAUGAAUUGUCUUUUUAUUACAGUUUGGUCGAGGGUGGAAAAAUAUUAACGGAAGGAAAAGGAACCUAAAUUACCUAUUUAAUGAUCUUUUGUUUUUAUAACUGCCAACAGUUGAGAAUGACUCAAUAUUUGUACAUGGAAGAAUUUUGUUUGACAUUGUCUAGUGAUCUCGAAAAUACGAGAAAUAUUGUGCAUUGUAGCUAACUCUUUCCUAUCUUUUCUUGUUGCAACAAAUUUGCAAACUUGUGAUUUAUACGUUUAACGGUACAUUUCACGUACUGAUUCGUAUCGUUAAGCCAAAAAUUUUUGCGGGUGUAUUCCUGAAAAUUUUUCCAGAAGAAAUCAAGAAUUGUUUCUUGAACAACGUUACCACGUAGAAUUAAUAGAUUCUUGCUAUGAUAUUAUCGACGCAUUUAUCUAAGUGUGCAGAAUGUUUUGGUCUAAUGUAAAUGCAGUUUGUUACUUUUUGCUUAAUUGUUUUUUAAUGAUUUUUACAAGUGAUUUAUAAACACUCGAUAUAAUUGUUAUUAAUUAUCAAAUAAUUAAUCAAUCAAUCUUUUCUAGUCAAGUUUGGUGCUGUUACAUUUUCAUAUACUCUUAGUGUAUGUUGCUUUAUUAUUUGUUGUUAAGUUUCAUAUAUGGUAUUAUAAAUUUGUACAACUGUCCUUUUCGUUUUAAAUUGUCAUCGACUAUUGAUUUCGAAAACGUCUCAAACAAAAAUUGAUUAUCUUGAGCUCGAUUUAUACAGAAUUAGUUUUACCUUCAUAACAAGUUUUAUUGACGACAGUUCUAUGUCUCUUUUUAUUCAUAAGGUUCAAAUAUACGAGGCCUUCUUCAUUCAGAGCAAUUGUAUGCGACGUUAAUGAGACAUAACGAAACCUCAUUAAUAUGCUGUCAUUUGUAGAUGAUGCCGAUUCGUUAAGGCGAAAGAGACAAAAGCUUAAUAACACCCCAAGCUCAAUACUUUUCAAACAUGUAGCAGAAACCGAGAAGCGUGAGUAUAUUUGUAAAAUUACAUAAUCCUAUAGCUUGGGAUUGGUCUGGGCAAUAUUGCUGACGUUACAUUCUAUUAUCAUUGGAAUGUAUUAAAUUUAUAAAAAUCAUACUAUGUGUCAUCACGUUUCUCAUCGAAGAAAAAAGUGUCAAAGUAAUUUCUUACUUUGACACACGGUACUUCAUUUCCAUUUUUAUCUGCUAUAAUCAAUCUUACCACUAGCAUUUCCUGUAUACAAUUGUGCAGAAGAAAAGUAUGAUAUACGCUUAUACGCUAACGAGAGGCCUUUUACAAUGUAAUCGAUCAAGCUUUUUGUAUAUUUUAGCGAAUCUAUUUGGUGGUACAUUUGUUAAUUGUUACAAAGAAUGUAGCAAAUUUGUUAAAAAAAUGUAUUGCUGCAAUACAUGCAAAGUUGGAAAUAAGUACAGUAUUUAUGCGAAACGGUACUGAACUGUACAGUUUUUGAACAAACAAUGCUCAUAAUGAUUCUUAAGUCUCAUUAUACACUAACAAUCUAAUUCAAUCCCUUUACACUUUGAAAAUAUUGUGAUGUAAAAUUUGGAAAAUUUUACGAAUGCGUGAAUUCCAUAAUUGUUCAAUUUAUAUACGUCGCUUUGUUUUACCAGCAUGCCUGGCAAAUUCGAAAAGUUGUUGAUGAGCAAUUUUCAUGGUGGAAAGGGAAAUUCAUUAAAUGUGAAAUUUCAUUAUAUGUAAAAGACUACGCAUAUAUUUUCACAUAUAAACAAGUAAUCUUGUUUUGUACUUUCUUAAAUAUGUAUUUUAUAUAGGAAUUUGUGGAGUUUGUAUUUGAAGGAUUAGGGAGCAGUGAGCUUGUAGUUUAUAAGAUACGAUAAUAUUGUAUUUUUCUAUUUACGAAUAGGAGGAACUGUUACCGAUUUUUAUGCAGGAAUGAUUUCGAGAAACAAAUAUACAACGUGUCCCUAAGCAGCUUUUUACAAAAAUAGGGAAUCUGUUGUAAUCAUCUCGAGUCGUUGCUGGUGACAAUAGUUGUACUUGUAAACAAAGAUUUUGUAGCUCAAACUUUGUAUGAUGCGAAUGCGCUGCUCUUGUGCAAUGAUUUUAUAUUUGGAAAGUCAGUAGGACAUAUUUACAGCGAUUGUAGCAUAGUACAAUCGAAUGAUGUGCAAUAUUUGUAUGGUACUGUAAUUUUUAUAAGCUGCUUCUUUCGUGAACAGAUAAAUAUAUUUACAUAUUGUACGAAUUACAUAUGGUGUAAUACAUCUACGUAAUACAUAUACGUUUAUGUAUAGCCACUUGAUGAUGCAAAA